AUGUCUAGACAACAAGAACAUCAUCUUCGCAUCGAUACCUCUGACUCCAAAACAAACGAAGCUACCGCAUUAGAAUCACCGGUUCCUCUUUCUCCAAUAUCAUCACCAAGACAAGCACCUUCUCCCCUUCUUCUCUCACAAGCCUCCUACUUUAUACACUCGCUCCAUGAAUCUCACGCCAAACUAUCGGGUCAUUCCGUGCUCCUCUCUCAACAAGAAAUUCAACGCUUUGUUUUACAAUUUUUAUCUGAUUUUGAUGAGAAACGAAAAUUGAAAUUGGGUACUUCAACGACCAUUUCCGAUAAAGAACAGGAACUUCUCAUCCAAGUGUUUAACAAAAAAUUGGCAAACAUGUACAAGGAAGAAGGAAAUUUAUAUUUGAAAAAAAAGAGAUAUGCUACCUCUGUUGAUUUAUACAUUGCUUCGUGUUUAAUUGCUCCAGAUCAGCCCAUUUAUUACAGUAAUUUAGCUGCUGCCUUAUAUUUUUGUAAGCGAUUUCAAGAAAGUGAGCGUGCGUGUGAAAUUGCAAUCAUGUUAGAUCCACAAUAUGGAAAAGCCUAUUCACGAUUGGCCAAAGUGAAAGAAACUUUGAACAAAUUUGAUGAGGCCAUUAAAAAUUAUGAGAGAGCUAUUGAAUUGGAAACAUCACAAACAGUGAGAGAGUCCAUCAUUCAACAAAGAAACGAGUUGCUUUCGAAAAUUAAAAAGUAA